AUGUCUAAAUUCUUCACAGGUCCCUUCAAUAGUGGGUAUUUUGUUAAGAUUGAAACAGAGAAUAAUUGUAACUUCUUCAGGUCACAGAAAAUUGAACUAUCUACUACAUUCCCUGCAUCCAUAUUUGGCUUUAACUGCCAUAAUCAGAAACAAGCCACACCAUACCCCUUAUUCUUUGGCGCUUCUGUAAAAGCUGGGGACAAAAUUUCCUUUUCCCAAUCUCUCUCCUCAAUUUUACUCUUUCAAUAUUUUACAAAUCUUUCUCUGUUUUAUCUUCACUCACAUUUCUUUGCAAUUAUUGUUCCCUCCACUAUUUUCUCUUUCUUUUCUUUCUUUGAAUGUUGGCUUUCAGUAUUUCCUUUACUUUCUCUACCUCCAUCUCGUUACAGUUUUCCUUUCUCUUGUUUUAUUUCUUUGAUUUUUCUUCAUUUCCAUAUCCUUCGUCUUUUUUUUUUCUCUUUCACCCAUUUUCAUAUUAGAUUUUUUUUCUUUUCUUUCGCUACUUUAAAUGCGAUCUUGUUCGUUUAUUCUUUCUUUUUCAUUUAUUUUAUAUUUUAUUUUUUGUUACUCUUUUUCUUCUAUUUUCACUUUUUCUCCCAAAUAUUUCAUUUUUUACUACCUUUUUGCACUUCAUUUAGUCUUUGUUUUAGAUUUAUUUAUUUUCUCUAUUUCUUUUCUCGUUCCUCUCUCUCUCUCUCUCCCUUUCUCUCUGUCCCUUUCACUGUCUGUCUGUAUCUGCCUCUCUUUCCCUCUCUCUCCCCCUCUCUCUCUCUUCUGUCUUUUAUUUUCAUCUUUUCUCUUUUUCUUCUUCUUACUACUACUAAUAAUUUUCUUAUUCCUCUUUUUAUAAUUCUUCUUCGAUAUCCUUUUCUUUGUCAUUUUCUUCUUGCUCUCAUGUACUCUUUUACAUCUUGCUUCCCCUUUCUUUCCCUUUAUUCACAUCGUCCACAUUCCUUUUUAUUCUUUACUUUUUGUUUUGCCAACAUUUUCAUUUGUCUUCCUUUCUUUCUUUUUUUCUUUCUUUAUUUCUUUCUUUCUUUCUUUCUUUCUUUUUUUUUUUUUUUUUUUUAUUUUACAUCGAAAACUAAACUCUCUUUCUCUCUGUGUUUGCAUCUCUCUCUCUCUCUCUCUCUCUCUCUCUCUCUCUCUCUCUCUCUCUCUAAUACUUGGCGAAGGCACCCCUUGGCCUUAAUGCCUGAUGUUGCUAGCUGUCACCUGGAAUGUAGUAUUGGCGGUGCCAGUCUCACUCUCACACGCGGCGUCGUAACCACCACACUCUGCUGGGUGCUUGUGCAGUCACAUUGCCGGUAG